AUGCAAAAUAAAAGCUCUAAACGUAACUCUACACUUGAUAGUUUCGUUAUAUCCAGUAAAGUACCUCGAAAUAAACACACUAUUCUAAAUUUCACUUCGAACACGUCAUCUUCAUCAUCAUCUGCAACUACAAUGAAUACUAUAAUCUUUCCGUGUCAAUCGGAACACAGUUCAACAGAUGUUCUCAGGGCUCAUGCCACCAAUUCAUCUUUAAAUAUUCAAGACCUACCACCAAAAUCUUCAUCAAAUCUGUUUCCUGUUGGUGUGAGUCAAAGCCGUCAAGAUCCUCCUGCACAACCUCAUUUAGCAACCUAUCGAACAGAUUAA